AUGUCAUCAUGGACCAACAGCAGCUCCAACCUGUCCUAUACCAGCUUCAUCCUGCUGGGCUUCCCGGGGCUGAAGGAGUCCCGAGCCCUCCUGGUGCUGCCCUUCCUCAGCAUCUACCUGGUGAUCAUCUCUGCCAAUGCCCUGGUCAUCCACACGGUGGUGGCCCAGAGAAGCCUGCACCAGCCCAUGUACCUGCUCAUAGCUCUGCUCCUGGCUGUCAACAUCUGUGCCGCCACCACCGUGGUGCCUGCCAUGCUGCUCAGCUUCUCCUCCCGAUUCAGCUGCAUCUCCCUGGCUCGCUGUCUGGUCCAGAUGUUCUGCAUCUACUUCCUCAUUGUCUUUGACUGCAACAUCCUCUUGGUCAUGGCCCUGGACCGCUAUGUCGCUAUCUGCUACCCUCUCCGCUACCCAGAGAUAGUGACAGGCCAGAUGCUGGCUGGCCUGCUGGGGGCAGCAGCUACUAGGAGCACUUGCAUCGUUGCUCCAGUGGUGGGGCUGGCCUCCAGGGUUCGUUUCUGCCGCUCGAACGUGAUCCACCCCUUUGCCUGUGAGCACAUGGCCCUAAUGAAGCUCUCCUGUGGGGAUAUCUCCCUAAACAAGACUGUGGGGCUCACUGUCCGCAUCUUCAACAGAGUCCUGGACAUGCUGCUGCUAGGAGCCUCCUACUCCCGCAUCAUCCAUGCUGCCUUUCGAAUUUCAUCAGGCAGAGCACGUUCCAAGGCCCUGAACACCUGUGGCUCCCACCUGCUGGUCAUCUUCACCAUCUACUCGUCCACCAUGUCCUCAUCCAUUGUCUACCGCGUGGCCCGCACUGCCUCCCAGGAUGUGCACAACCUGCUCAGCGCCUUCUACCUGCUGCUUCCAUGUCUGGUCAAUCCCAUCAUCUAUGGGGCCAGGACCAAGGAAAUCAGGCAGCACCUGGCAACUGUCUUCCAACGGGCACAACACCAGGUCUCCAGUGAGAAGCUCCAGCCCCCGCCCUCACAUAGGGAGCUUCCUGCCUGA